AACCCGAUCAGUUUCCGAAAAGUCUUGGGUUAAAUAAAAAAUGGUUACCCUAUUGAUAAGACAGGUAACCUAGUUUUUUGGUAAUUUGAAUAUUCAAUAUUUGUAGAACUUGGUAAACUUUAUACCUAGUAAAUGAAAAAAACUGGCCGAUAAUGGCUCUGUUAUACCGAAAAGCUUUUCUGCAAUCAUUAACCCCCUUUAUUCAGUGUAAGAGAUUCAGGGGAAAAGUUAACAUUCAAAGGCCUAAACCACCACACUUUGAGAAAGCAAAAUAUUUAGCUUUAACGCAACCAUGGUUUAUUAAUCCUAAUAAAAAUAAACCGUUAGUAGAAUUGUGUCGAUUAAAUAGAAAAUUGGAAAAGAAAAAAGAUCUCAAUCCUUUAAGAGAUAUUUACGCCAAAGAACUAUAUAAUUCGUUCAAAAAUUCGAAAUUAAUAGUGUUUUAUCAUUUCAACUCUAUGAAAGCAGAUGAAAACUUCAGGAAUUACGCAUUAUUCAAAAAACAAGGAAUGGAAUUGAAGAAAUAUGAAAGAGAGAUGUUAUCAGCUGCUGUUUCAGGGACGCCUUAUGAGACCGUUUUAGAUUUUUAUGUCACAUCAAACAACAUGAUCCUUUUUUGUCCUGAACCAGAAGUUAAUAAAGUAUUGAAAAUAUCAAAAAAAUGUCCUCAACUAAUUAUGUUAGGUAAGAUCCUUUAUAUUACUCUAUAUUCAUUAGAACGAAAGUGUCAGGACUCUUUUAUUGUUGUUUUGCUUCUUUGUUUAGUUUUUAACAAUAUCUUUGACCAUACUAUUCAUCUAGUUUCUGAUUUGAUAUGUUUGCAAAUUUUUUUUUCUUUCUAUAAUUUGGACAACUGGGUAACAGGAAAUUCAGAAAUUUUGUUUAAUUCUGAUAUAUUUAUAAUUGUCAACAUCAUAGCACAAUAUUUAAUGACAUUGCUGCAAAUAAGUAUUUAUUGAUCUUAUGAUACAGCUCUGUAAUCUUUAACACAAAUGCUUUUAACCCGUACAAACUUCUUUCUAUUGUCCUGUACAGCUUAAGAGACCAAUAAAAGCCCGAAAAGUUGUAUUAGCUCAGGAAAUUCUGUAAUAAUAACUAAGUUUUGGAUUAGUAAUUGAGUUUUAUUAUUCUCUCGGAAAUAAACAUAUACUAUAAGUAGAGUGAUUCAGCAGUGGAACAGUUAAGUUGUUUAUGUUUCUUGGCGAUGUUCUAUUAAAUUUAAAUUGGUAAAUUGAAAUCAAGCUGUAGAUUAUAGAAAAUUUUGAAAAUCGUUUUUUUUUUUUAAGUAUAUGAGUUUUAUUUAAAAUUAACUCAUUGUUUUUAGCUGGAAUUCUGGAAAACACUCUAAUAAAUAAAGAUGAUCUUAUUAAAUACAGUAAAAUUCCCAAUCUUCAAACAGCUCAAGCAGAACUAGUACAAACUGUAAACAGAGUAGGUUCUCAAUUAGUUAGUGACUUGAAUUCACAUCAAUCUAGUUUAGUCUCCAAUUUAGAACAAAGAAUGAAGCAGUUGGAAAUGGAAGAUAAAUAAUGAAAUAUUAUUUUAAAUCAAAUUAUAACUUUUUAUAAAUGAGUGUAAAUAAGAAAGUAAAAAAAUUUAAUAAUGUGUUUUGGUAACUGUAUUGUUCCUAUUUACUGAAAUAUAUAACGUUUUCAACUA